AUGGGACGCUUAGACGGAAAAGUCGCGAUUGUUACAGGCGCUGCGUCUGGCUUUGGCCGAGGCAUCGCAGAGCAUUUCGCUGAAGAGGGAGCCAAAGUGCUCAUCUGCGACAUCAAUGAAGAAGCCGGCAACAAGGUCGCUACAACGUCCGAGUCCUUUACGUUCCAGACCAUGAACGUCACAAAAGCAGGAGAUUGGCAAAGUGCAGUUGAGAAGGCAGUCCAGCUCUGGGGACACAUUGAUAUCUUGGUCAAUAAUGCGGGAACAAGCUAUGAGAACAAGAGCACCAAUCUCGUCACCGAGGACGAGUUUGACAAGGUCAUGAGCGUCAACGUCAAGAGUGUCUUUCUCGGAAGCAACGCCUUCACAACGCAGGUCAAAAAGCAGGGCACAAAGGGUUCCAUGAUCAACAUUGCCUCUGUGGGUGCGCAUCGCCCAAGACCCGGACUGGUGUGGUACAACGCCUCCAAGGGAGCCAUCACAAACGCAACAAUGGGUCUCGCUGCAGAAUAUGGCCCAGAUGGCAUACGUGUCAAUUCAAUUUGUCCUCUCGCCACAAUGACAGGUCUUCUUCCAAAAUUUAUUGGCAAAGAAAUCACGCCCGAAGUACAGAAGGCUCUGGGCAACGUACCACUUGGCCGUAUGGGAGAGAUCCGAGAUGUUACCAAAGCUGCGGUAUUUCUUGCGAGUGAGGAAUCUUCAUUCAUUACUGGUGUAAACCUAGAUGUUGAUGGAGGCCGUGCAAUUUGA